CAUUUCUGCCACGUUUAUCGUGGGUGGCUUCUCCUACGGCAGAUUGCGACAGAUGAGAUUGCUUGAACAAGCCAGGCUCCACCUUCGUUUAGAAGGGAACAAUAUCAACCCACUGGCUCUGACACAAGCAUGAGGCCCCAUCCUCUCCACCUCAUCCGCAGAUUUAAAGAAACAAGUCUCCCUUUUCUCGACUGUCUUUGUCAGUGGAGCAGGAAUCCUCAUGUGGUUGGAAUCCACACAAGGUGUGCCAGUUUUGCCGUGACCCGGAAGUGUCGACCGGCCCUGUGUCUUCAGCGAAGAGGGGAACACCAUGAGAAGGACCUCCCAAGACCAGACCCCAAACUCCAGCCCCCUGCAGUGACCCUGCCCUGGAGGCUGUCCCACCCCAGGAAGAGAGCAUUAAGGUUGCCAUGAUGUCUGAAGAGUCCAAGAUCCAGGACUGCGAGGAGGCCUCCGAGGCAGAAGAGGGCAGCGUCGAGCCUUACCUGGAGGAGCUGCGGGGGAGGCUGCAGGAGCUGGAGGCUGAGAACACAGCUCUCGCUCAAGCCAAUGAGAGCCAGAGAGAGGCAUAUGAGAGGUGUCUGGAUGAGGUGGCGAACCACGUGGUUCAGGCUCUUCUGAACCAGAAGGACUUGCGGGAGGAGUGCAUUAAGCUGAAGAUGCGGGUGUUUGAACUGGAGAGGCAGAACCAGACCCUCACUGAGCUUCUCCACCAGAAACUGCACACUCAUCUGGGCCCCUGUCCACAGGGAGGACCUAUUCAACACGGAGCCAAGACUCUGCCUACUGGUUCCGAUAUCCUGGCGGGGUCAACAUGUCAAAUGUCCACAAAGAGCGAUGGGGAGCACACGAGGAAUGGGGCGCCAGGAGCCCAUGGCCCCGCCCUGUCCAUCGAUGCCCUGUCCCCGUUCCUCCAGAAAAAAGCACACAUCCUGGACGUACUGCGCAAGCUGGAGGAGACCGACCCUCUCAAGUUCCGUCCUUCCGCCGGCCUCUCCUCCUACCGUGACUUCAGUCAGGCCUUGUUUUCUGCCGACACCAACUUCACCACCGGCAGCUGCCCCCCGCAGCUCAAGAUGUGCUGGCCGCUUUGCCUCCACUCGGACUCUGCCGCGUGUGACGGCAACGGGGAGGGUCCCGGAGCUGGUCCGGAUCCGUGCCGGGCAAAGCCGCAGAGCUGUCGAUCCUGCCGGCUUCUGGCCCACAGGAGCCUGGAGGAGCUCCUUACACGCGCCACAUCGCACUCUGCUGGGGUGGAGGUCCUGGAUGGCUUUGUGUGGCCGGAGACCAAGGUGGCACCCGUGCCGAACUCUACAGGCACGAGCCAACCCUGUGCGCACAGGCACAGCCUGUUGGCCAGCGUGUGCACCCACCCAACAGAGAAUGGACACGAGGAGCACUCUAGCCUCCCAAAGCCAGGGGACGACCCUCACCUCAGUGAGCAUGAGGCGGAGCACAGCGCCACUCCACCGCACAUGGAGAGAUGCGGGGACGGGCCCCCCACAACACAAUGUAAACCCUCGCACAGGGGUCCCAAAGCUGUCACCACCCCUCUGGGGAAGGACGAGAAGCACACCGGGGCCUUCCAGAGCCUGGCCGUGGGGCCAGAGGAGUGCUUCUUUAGCGUGGCCGCGGAAGUGGCAAAGGUGAAAAACAGCCUGUAUGCUGCCACCUCCAGCCUGCCAGUCCCGGCAUGUGCCCGAGCAGCCUACUGCAAGCAGGAGACAGAGGGGCCAGCAUACAAUGGCCUUUCCUUUACCGCCGCCGAGGUGUCCAAAAAGGUAGCAGGCGAGCCUAACACCCCGUCUGCCAUUCCCGAGAAGGGUGGGCCCACAAAGCAGCCAGCCCCCCCUGCCGGUAAAUACAAGCUGGCUCUCCUCUCCACCUCCCCUUCCUGUCUGAGUGAAUCCAAACCCUCCCCUAUCUCCUCCCCAUCCCGGCUGCUCAAGUUCCUGAAGAUACCAUCCAUUGGGGACCGGACGCAGGCCGCCAACCCGCUCCGGCUCAGCCCCCAGCUGACCCGCAGCUCCAAGAUCCCCUGCAGGAGCAACAACUACGAGGUGUACCACUCCCCCACCACUGCGUGUAAGGCCACCUCCGCUACCGAGGGGGCCCGGCAGCUGCCCCCUUCCUCUUCCCCAAAAACUGACCUCUAUCCUGCCACUCACUCCGUGCCCACCUCCCUGCCCAAGCCUGAGGAUACUGCUGUGCCCCCCACCAAUGGCACUGGCUACAGCAGUCACUUUGCACCAAAGGUUUGCCAAACCAUGGGGCUGUCCCCCGCCUCCCAGUCCCAGCCACCCCGGGCCACCCAGAAGGUUCCGCACUACGAGAACGUCUCUGAGCUGGCCGUCCCCUGCACAACACCUCACUUCCUGGCUGGUCCCGAAUACAAGGAACCCCCCGAAGAGAAGCGGCUGAGCCCCCCGGGAGAGGAAGGGCCUUGCGCCUUGUCCGCAACCAUUGGGGCUUCCCCUUGUAGCACCAAACCAGCAGAUUGUAGUGAUGGCAAGGAGGGGACAGGCUGGUACCAGCUCCAUAGCCACCAUGACCUAGCUGUGUCCUCUGCCUCUGCUGUCCACCAAUCCCAGAGCAGCUGCAGUCACUCCCCCACAUCCAGCUCCCAGUCCGUUGCCAAGGGAGCCGAGCCACACCCGGCUCCCAAGAACCCACCAAUGGGGAAGAUCCUGGGUGAGUCUGGCCACCAGCCUUUCCAAGAGCGCCUGGCAGCUCUCGGGAAGCUGCAGAGUGCAGAGGACCUGCAUCCCACAAGCCAGGAGGAUGGGCAGCCGGAGAUUGAGAGCAGGGCCACCAGCAACAAGGAGAGGAGCAAAAGCAUGAAGAGUGAGCACAACAUGGAGGAAGGAGGGUGCACAGAUUCCCCAGACGGGAGGCCUUAUGAACCGGGACCCGGCCUGUCUGAUUUGUCCAUUGGCAGGCUGGAGCAGGAGGCUCCAUCUCACAAAACAUGCGCAACGAAAACAGCCGAGGCCAAGGUAGGGCUGCAGCCAUCAAACCCAGACCCCCCGCAGGUCUUGCGAAACUGUGCAGGAAGUGCGGCCACCCAGAACCCAGCCCACCACAGCAGCCCUUCCAAGGUGCAUUCCAAACCUGGCCAGUCCUCCUCCCAACCCAGAAUUGCUAAACCCUUCCAGGAUGAGUGCUCCGCUCCCCCUAGUACCUCUGCCCCCCACCAAACGCUCCCGUGCAGACCAGAGGACAGGAGCAAACUAACUGCCAACAGGAAGAAGGGCUUGGGCUAUGCAGAGAGCCCACCACUGCCACCCCCAAGGCCAGCAGGUUUGGCGGUGGAGAGGAGAGCCCUGCCAGCAGGCCCCCAGUCAGCCAUUGAGCAGAAGGUGAUGAAGGGCAUUGAAGAGAAUAUGUUGAAACUGCAGGACCGGGGCCAGCCGGCCGAGGCCAGACAGCGGGCCUCCAACGGCAUCGCCAGCUGGUUCGGCCUCCGCAAAAGCAAGCUGCCCGCCCUCAGCCGCAAAUCCGACACCCCCAGGCCCAAGGAGGACAGGAAGGAGUGGAGGCUGGUGUCCUCAUCCUCUUCUUCGUCCUCCUCCACCUCCUCCUUUGGUGGCUCCUCCAAGACCGCGUCCAGGCAGAAGCCUGAGUCGGAGGGCCUGAACAUCUCCAAGCUGAUGGAGAAGGCUGAGGACCUGCGCAAGGCUCUGGAGGAGGAGCAGGCCUACGUCAAAGGCGUGGCCCCGGACCGGCCCUCCAGGGGCCACAGCUGCGAGGUGGUUAUGAACCAGACGCAGGGCCAGCUGUCCGUCAUGUACAGGGGAGUGGCCUCUGACACCUUCAUGCAGCAGCUGCUGAACAGGGUGGAUGUAAAGGAUGCCGGCAGUGAUAUGUUGUCACCACACCGACGGCUCUCUUUUGACUCCAAGAAGUUGCGGCCCGUCUUCAGCCAGCAGAGGAAUGGCAUUGUUGUCCCUCCCAAGAACAGAGAGGCGAUGGAGAUGGGUGCAGAGCUGGCCAGUAAUGAUGAUGUCACAGUCGACAAGGGCCUGGUUGACUCCAUGAACCCUCAGCACUUUGCAGUGCCCUUAAGAAGCAUUGGAACUGGAACAGGCUGUGGGGUCUCUACAUACACCCUGGAUAGUGGCAUUGGGACCUUCCCUCUCCCUGACUACACAGGCUGCACAGUUGGGAAAAGCAUCCCAGAGGCAGGGCCCAGAGGGGAGCGUGACUCCCAUGGGACACAGGGGCCCACAAGCAAGGUUCCACACAAGGCCCGGACCCUGGACAGGGAGCUGACCUCCCUGGAAGAGGACUGCCCAAAGCAGGGGAACCCAAACUCCACCACUGUCCACGUCUCUGCCCCCGAGUGCAAGGUUUUGGAAUCACGCCCACCAGCCACCAUCCAUGAAGAUGAAGACAUCUCAAAACCUUCAAAGAACUGGACUUUCCCCCACCCAAGAGUGUCCGUGGUUCCCACGGAGAUGUACCUGGGGGUCAAAGAGGAGGUCGGGACCGGAGGCCCUGGGAGUCCUUUCAGAGGGGUUUGACUGAGGAACAAGCGCACCAAACCCAAGGAAGGGUCCCAGCCACCGAUAGGCCUUCAGGUGUCCCGGGUAACCAGAUCAAGCACAGACCCGGUAUAUAUGGCCUGUUACUGGGGUAACUGGACUACUUCACCUGUGCCCUGGAGCUACGCUGCCCACGACCCCCCACAAAACCAAACGCAGUCUGCACAGAGCUGCUCCCAUGUAGCAUAACUAUCCUGUCUGUCCUCCAGCUGCCCUGCACCCUUUCAGAUCAUUUCUCACCAAGGUUUUCAUUGACAAAACCGGACAAAAAACUAUAGAAAAAAUGCCUUUCGUCACCCAGACAUGGAGAAAGACUUGCGUAGUUAACUGCCACAUAUAACGUAUUCCAGUGUUUUUCUUGUUUGUUUUUUAUUUCAUUAGUAGAUAUUUUUAAAAGAUUAUUUAAGGCGAAAUUUUAAAAUGAUUCUUGCCAUUACCCGUGGUUUUCCUUUGGCUUUAUAAUUAUUUUUUUCAUGCAAAGAAAAAUCCGUUUGCACAUUUGGUGCACGGAGGCUCUGUGCCUGCCAAAUAAGAAAUAAAGAAAAUCUCACCUGGA